UUCUAGGCUUUACCGGAAAUCUCGAGUUGUUACUAAUUCUCCAAGCGCAUGCGCGGUUUGGUGGUACAAUGUCUUUGAUGAAGUGUGCGAUGUGGCCACUGGGGAUUUGUAGACCCAGCUCCAGUGUUUUCUGCACAAGAAGGGCGAUCAGUCUCUUUCCUGGCUCUCCUACAACUUCACAAUGGAACAAAGUUGUUUCUGAUGCAGAAAAAAUUGUGGGUUAUCCAACAUCUUUUAUGAGUCUCCGUUGUCUUCUGAGUGAUGAACUAAGCAACAUAGCAAUGCAAGUGAGAAAAUUGGUGGGAACUAAGCAUCCUUUACUGAAUACCGCCAGGGCCUUUGUGUACGACAGUCGCAACAAUCUACAGAUGAGAGGCUUGGUGGUGUUACUUAUUUCCAAAGCAGCGGGGCCUAGUAAGUCAACAGAUGACACUCUACAACAUGACAUGGUUAGCGGUAUUUAUGCAAGCCAGAGAAACUUGGCUGAAAUUUCAGAGCUGAUCCAUACAGCAUUCUUAGCGCAUCGUGGGAUUGUAAAUAUUGAAGAGCUGAAGAGUUGUGAUGGCCCUCUUAAGGAUAUGCAGUUUGGAAAUAAAAUGGCUAUUCUGAGUGGAGACUUCCUCCUGGCAAAUGCUUGCACUGGGCUUGCACAACUACAAAACACAAAGGUUGUAGAGUUAGUAUCUGGUGCCAAUGGUGAUCUGGUGCAAGGAAUAUACUAUGAAAAUUCAUAUUUGCCAGAGAAAAAUGCCUUCACUGAUGACAUUGGAAUAACAAACUGGAUGGAACACAUUUUUCUUCUCAUGGUGCACUGUAGGGCUAAAAGCUGUCAAGCAGCUAUGGAACUAGCAAAGCAUGAUCCAGAGGUCCAGUCUAUGGCUUUUCAGUAUGGAAAGCAUAUGUCUUUAAGCUAUAAGCUGAACUCAGACCUGCAGCCGUUCAUGAAUGGGAAGUCCAGUGGCACAUCUUUCAGUUUGAACUGUGCUCCUGUUGUUCUUCAUCAGGAGUUUAUAGGAAGAGAGGCGUGGAUGGAGCAGGUCAAACAGGCUCAGCUGAAAGGAAACUUGAUAGACUUAGCAAAGUUGCAAGAGGCAAUCAAGGCUGGCAAAGGUGUGACUGCAGCUAUUGACCUGUGCCGUUACCAUGGAAACAAAGCUCUGGAGAACCUACAUUGCUUCCCUCCCUCAAAGGCCAGAUCUGCCUUGGAGAACAUUGUAUAUGCUGUGACCAGAUUGCCAUGACACUGUCAGCAGACGAUUCCUGCUGCUUAUUUUUAUUGCCUUUUUUUUUUUUUCACUUCUUUUAUUUUGUAUUUAUAUAAAUCCGAUAAUUCAGCAAAAACCUGGGGUGGUCACUGGUGGACUUGUUUUCCUUCUGAUUCUCAUUCAUCACAUUGAGCAAUGGAUGUACAGCCUAUUUUUUUUUUAUCUUGUUUGAUUGCUACUGAUAAAAAUAGAAUAAGAGGGAAAAAAAAAGGUCAAAUCAUUUUCUCUUGUCAUGCCAGAAGCACACUUGAGGCUGAACUAGUAGAAAUAAUUAAUGAGGUUUGCUGCUGUGACCUCAGCAAAUGGCCAGGAAAUAAGGUGUUAUUGAUUGGACAUAGCCAGGGAUGGCGCCAGCGUGGUGGCCUGUGGUUUUCCUGCUCCUGGGAGGACAGAAAGAGUGGGAUUCUGCAGGUGUCAAUAGGAAAUCUCUUCUCUAAACAGUGUUCCCAAAUACCAUGCAGUGUGUGCCUACAUCAAGGACACUCCUCAUUAGCAUGAAAUGAAGCUGCAGCAUCCUAUAUCUGCCCUGAACUUUUUACAACAUUGGGAAUUGCUGUACUAAUAUUCUGCCCUUUCAUCUUAUAGUAUUUCAGCUGCUAUUAUUGUACAGCUCAUCUACGUAGUGUUUACUAGAACGCCUGAAAUGGAAAUAGUAUUUUUUUUGUAUUUCUUUUAUUUAUUUGAACGGUAAAAAGGCAAAUCAAUCAAAAAUAAGUGUAUAUUGUAAAUGUAUGUCUAAAGCAAUGAAUGGCAUCAUUCAUACUCUUUGUUUUCUAAUUUCACCCAUAAGUGCCAGUGUGAACACCAGAAGGAAAUGUAACUUUUAUACAAUAAAUUGAUCUUUGUUUUUA